AAUUUACGACUGCGGGGUGCGGUCAUGCUUGGAGACGCCAACUACCAUUUAAGCUGGGACCAUGAGCCCAACCAUGACUGCAGAGUACGCUGAACUGGCAUCAUGGCUGGCGGGACUACCAUUGUCAUCCCCUUGUUAUUUUGUUGCUGGGUGGUUUGGAAUUUUGCUCGCUUUGCUCUCGCUGCUCGGCGAUCACCUUUUCUUCCUCCUGGCCCACCGACAAUACCCUUGCUAGGCAACCUACACCAACUGCCUGCCAGCAAGGCUUUCCUUAGAUUCCAAGAAUGGGCAAAACAAUAUGGCCCCAUAAUUUCAGUCAAAACAGGUCCUGGAAACCUCGUCGUCUUGAACUCGGCAAAGGACGUAAAAGAACUGUUCGAUAAGCGCGUCUCCAUCUAUUCAAGCCGCCCACCAAACCACAUCGGCAACGAGCUCAUUGCGCGCGACAAUGUGCACCUACUCCUGAUGCCAUACGGGCAAACAUGGCGAAACCAGCGCAAGAUUUACCAGGCUCUCGUCAGCAUCACGGCUGUCCGCUCGCUGCAGCCUAUCCAACAGGCAGAGUCCUCCCUGACCAUCCACCAACUCGCUCAAUCCCCGGCCCGAUACUACGACCACAUCCGCCGAUACUCGACCGGAGUCAUUCUCUCUUCGGUGUUUGGCGUCCGCGGGCCCGAGUUUGACCAUCCGAACAUUACCCGCCUCUACCACGUCCAGGACCAAUUCACCGCCAUUCUCGAGACGGGCGCAACCGCACCCGUCGACGUCUUUCCAUUCCUCAAACGGCUCCCGGAUGUCCUCUCCCCCUGGCGUCGCUGGGCGCGCCGGAUCCGGGAGGAACAGCGUCAGCUAUAUUUCGAACUGCUACAGGACGCCAAGGAUCGACGGACUCGAGGCGUGCGGCGCGAUUGCUUUAUGGACCAGUUGCUAGAUGAAAGCUUUCGUACAAAGUACGAGCUGGACGAUGAGCAUAUUGCGUAUAUUGGUGGGGUCCUAAUGGAGGGUGGGUCGGACACGACUGCGUCCACGCUGCUUUCGUUCCUACUCGCCAUGACCAAGUACCCCAGGGUCUUUCGGAAAGCGCAGGAGCAAGUGGACAGUGUGUGUGGGACAGAACACUCCCCUGAUUUUGAGCAUAUCGCGCAGUUACCUUAUGUGAAACACUGUGUCUCUGAAGUCCUACGCUGGAGGCCAGUGGCUGCAGGAGGCAUUCCGCAUGUUUUGGUUCAAGAUGAUGAAUACGAAGGAUACCACUUCCCCGCGGGGACGACCUUUCUAGCAAACGCAUGGGCAAUCCACAACGAUCCAGAACUAUACGACAGACCAGACGAGUUCCUCCCAGAACGCUACGAACAGACCCCCCUCGGCUUCAAGCCAGACGUCGCCGACGCAACGGCGGACGGCAUCCGUAAGACGUACGCAUUCGGCGCAGGGAGGCGUAUUUGUCCCGGUUCACAUCUGGCGGAAAGCUCCCUGGACAUCAACAUUGCAAAGAUCAUCUGGGCAUUCGACAUUGGGCCCGGGACUGAUCAAGCAACUGGACGGCAGAUGGGAGUGGAGGAUGUCAAUGUCGAUAUCGCGACGCAGUGGACAGACGGUUUCCUCAUUGCGCCGAAGCCGUUUCCGAUUCGUCUGUCAGUUCGCUCGGAGAAGCAUCGGGAGGUGUUGGAUCGGGAGCUCGAGGGGGCUCAGAAGAUCUUUGACUCUUACGAGGAGUAGCUAGAUGGGGUGUUUUAUACCUGGGUUGGAGGGUGAGG